ACAAUCCAUAAAGACAAUCAACACCCAAACCCACCAUUCCCAAAUCACAGACCGACUUCUUACGCAAGGCAACUCAAAGAGAAUACUGACUCUCCUGUCUUUGGAAUAUUUGAGGCAAAACCAUAUCUUGAUCCGAGCCCCUUUUCAAUGGCGACAGUCGGGGUGGAAUCCAAAUUACCAGAGGCCAUGCCGGAGGAGACUUGCUCGGCCAAGUCGACGAAGCAAGGGGAAGGUCUCAGACAGUACUACCUCCAACACAUUCAUGAGCUCCAGCUUCAGGUCCGCCAGAAGACCCACAAUCUUAAUCGUCUCGAAGCUCAGCGCAAUGAGCUCAAUUCAAGAGUGAGGAUGCUUAGGGAAGAGCUACAACUGCUUCAGGAACCUGGAUCCUAUGUUGGCGAAGUAGUCAAAGUAAUGGGAAAAAACAAGGUCUUGGUUAAGGUUCAUCCAGAAGGAAAAUACGUUGUCGAUAUUGAUAAAAGCAUUGAUAUCACAAAGAUUACACCAUCAACUAGAGUUGCUCUCCGCAACGACAGUUAUGUUCUUCAUCUGAUCUUGCCGAGCAAAGUAGAUCCUUUGGUUAACCUUAUGAAAGUUGAAAAGGUUCCAGAUUCUACAUAUGAUAUGAUUGGUGGGCUUGAUCAGCAGAUCAAAGAAAUUAAAGAGGUUAUUGAGCUUCCUAUUAAACACCCUGAGUUGUUUGAGAGUCUUGGAAUAGCUCAACCAAAGGGUGUCCUUCUGUAUGGCCCUCCGGGUACAGGAAAGACACUUUUGGCGAGAGCUGUGGCUCAUCAUACCGAUUGUACUUUCAUCAGGGUUUCUGGUUCUGAAUUAGUUCAGAAAUACAUUGGAGAAGGCUCUAGAAUGGUUAGGGAACUUUUUGUCAUGGCAAGGGAGCAUGCUCCAUCGAUCAUCUUUAUGGAUGAAAUUGAUAGUAUUGGGUCUGCUCGAAUGGAGUCUGGAAGUGGCAAUGGAGACAGUGAAGUGCAGCGGACUAUGCUGGAGCUUCUCAACCAGUUGGAUGGAUUUGAAGCAUCAAACAAGAUCAAGGUAUUGAUGGCAACAAAUCGCAUUGAUAUUUUGGAUCAAGCCCUCCUUAGGCCAGGGAGAAUUGACAGAAAGAUUGAGUUUCCAAAUCCUAAUGGUGAUUCUCGUUUCGACAUCUUGAAAAUUCAUUCAAGGAGAAUGAAUUUAAUGCGUGGGAUUGAUCUGAAGAAGAUUGCAGAGAAGAUGAAUGGGGCAUCUGGUGCAGAGCUGAAGGCUGUAUGCACAGAAGCAGGGAUGUUUGCUUUGAGGGAGAGAAGGGUUCAUGUAACUCAGGAAGACUUUGAGAUGGCAGUGGCCAAGGUUAUGAAGAAGGAUACUGAGAAAAACAUGUCGUUGCGCAAGCUAUGGAAGUAGUUCUUUAACUGAAUACUAUGCUGUGAAAGGCAACAAGGCAGACAAGAAAAUUUGCUGGCGCUUAUGCUUUUUUCACAUGCAAAGUUCUCAAGCCCUCCGACUGCGCUGACGCUCGACUUUGUGCAUGUUUAUUGUUUUUCAGAGUUGGUAACUGGGUAUUUUCUUUCACCGUCUGGUCUCUGUGAAUGGAUUCGUAGGAGACACUUUUAUGAAAUUUCAUCGCUUGAGUGCUUCAUUUCAUGUUCUCAUUGAUUCUAGGCUCGAAGUUAGCACGACCCAUCAAGAAAAUUGUGAAAACCUGAUUGGACCGAAUCACUGAUUGAUGUAAUGGUCCAUCGUGAAAUGUUUUUCACUUUUCAUGCCUAAUAAAUAAAUCAUAUAUAGAUGUA